GAUUCAGGCAGAAAUCCCAAUGGACCAAGUGGUGGAUGCACUCUGAACCCUUCAAAACAUAAAACUAAGAAGAUGCAUCUGAGUAUGCAGAAACCCAGUGUGGAUUCAUCAAAAGCAUGCAUUCAAACUGUGACUGGUGAAGAACGACCUCACUUUCUCAGUCAGAGCUGGUCUAUUGACAGUGAGCAGAAUGGUCAGCAUGCUGGGUAUAAGCUUUCACAAAUGCGUAGAGAGAUGGUUCCAUUCCACGAUCCACAUGUUUACACCACGAUGGCAGAGGAAACAAGAUCAGCCUCCGAUUACAAAUCACUGGCGUUUCCAGAUUAUUGGGGUCACAUCUCUCCUGUCUAUCAGGAGCCGCUGACUGGUCAGUGGUCUGGACAUCAGAGGGACAAGAUAUUUGAAGAUAUUCAACGUUUAGUCAGUCCGGGGGAUAUUCUAAACAAAGUCGUUUUUGAUGCUGACAGCCUUCCAUUGGUUACAUCAGAAGAUGACAUUUCCCUGAAGUUCUACUCACAUUUUGAGUCUGGCAAUCUUCGCAAAGCAAUUCAAAUUCGCAAGUAUGAAUAUGAUUUGAUUAUGAAUGCUGACAUCAACACAGAGCUUCAGCACCAGUGGUUUUAUUUUAAGCUCAGUGGCAUGAGAGCUGGAAUCCCCUAUCGAUUCAACAUCAUUAAUUGUGAGAAGACCAAUAGUCAGUUCAACUACGGUAAGAAACAGAGAUUCUGGACACUGGGGAAUUUGGUAUCUUAGACCCAUUAAAAUAAUUUCAAGUCCAAAACUGUAUAUGAU